AUGCCGCAUAAUAACAACAGAGACUAUACCGUAGGAUGGAUCUGUGCCCUUCCGAUCGAGCUCGUCGCGGCCGAGGCAAUGCUGGACGAACGAUACAAAGAUGACAGCAGCGGCCAGUACACGCUCGGCCGCAUCGGCCACCACAAAGUCGUCAUGGCGUGUCUCCCGGCAGGCUUGAUAGGCACCAACGCAGCCGCCACCGUCGCCACCAAGAUGGUCUUCAACUUCCCGUCCAUUCGCUUCGGCCUCAUGGUGGGCAUCGGCGGCGGAGUUCCAAGCGAAGCCUCUGAUAUCCGACUUGGAGAUGUCGUCGUCAGUCAGCCGCAGAACGGCAACGGCGGGGUUGUUCAGUAUGACUUUGGAAAAGCGCGGCCGGGGGAGUUUGAGACGACUGGCUUUCUCAACGCACCGCCGAUUGCGCUGCUGGAUGCUCUUUCGGUUCUGAAAACUAGGCAUCUCCUUGGAAAGAGCCGCUUGGGGGAAUAUAUAGGUGCGGCCACUCAUCGACUUCAGUUCGCUCUUGAGACCACGAGAACCGAUAUGCUGUUCGAGUCAAAUUAUGAACAUAAUGGAGGCUCAACAUGUAGAAGCUGCAGUAAAGAACGACUUGUCAAUAGGAGGCCACGACGUCAAGGCCCUGCAGUCCAUUAUGGCACCAUAGCCUCUGGAAAUCAGGUGAUAAGGGAUGGCAGAAUUAGAGACAGCCUGAGCUCCAAGCUGGGGGGCGUCCUUUGCUUCGAGAUGGAGGCCGCAGGCCUCAUGAAUAAUUUCCCCUCUCUCGUCAUUCGAGGUAUUUGCGACUAUGCGGAUUCGCACAAGAACAAGGCGUGGCAGCCUUACGCGGCAAUCACUGCGGCAGCAUAUGCCAAGGAGGUCUUGACGGUCAUACAUGGAAAUCAAAUAGCGACGACAGAGGUCGCCGAUGAUGCUAUCAAAGCCGUAUGA